UUAAACUAUACUAUCUAUCUAUCUAUCUAUCUAUCUAUAUCUAUAGAUAUAGAUAUAGAUAUAGAUAUAUAAUGUUCAACCACCUGCUGCUAAACACACCGCUGGAGCUCAACAUGACGUCUCACUGCAUCACAUAGAAGAAGAUCACAAAGUCAACCUUUCUGCUGAGGUCGUCCCGCUGUAACCAUGGUGUCCCGGCUGAAGCAGCCCCAGGGGCGUGGCCUGUCCUCCCUAUUUUCUUGCUGCUUCAAAGGAAGCGAGCAACCAGAGAUCACCUACUGCCGCGAUAACACCAGCACCAUGGCUGUACUGGAGCCCACCCUGCCUAUGCCCGCCCCCCAAGAGCUGGACUUGAUGUUCACAGAGCUGGUGGAUGAGCUUGACCUCACGGAGGAGCACAGGGCGGCCAUGUUUUCUCUGCCAGCAGAGAAAAAAUGGCAGAUCUACUGCAGCAAGAAAAUGGAGGCAGAGGAGAAUAACGGAGCAACCAGAUGGCCAGAGUAUUAUAUUGACCAGCUCCGGGUCAUGGCUGCUAGGAAGACUCUGCUAUCACUGGAGGAUGAUGAAGAGCAGGGAAGACAUUAUAUCGUAGAUGAUCUAAAGACAGCACUGAGGACACAGCCGAUGAGCUUUGUGACACGAUUCAUUGAGUUGGACGGCUUGUCUUGCAUCCUGAAUUUCCUCAAGUCCAUGGACUAUGAAACCACCAACUCUCAGGUCCACACCUCUCUGAUCGGCUGCAUCAAGGCUCUGAUGAACAACUCUCAAGGCAGAGCCCAUGUCCUGGGUCACUGUGAGAGCAUAAAUAUCAUCGCUCAGAGUCUCACCACUGAAAGCAUCAAAACAAAGGUUGCAGUGUUAGAGAUCCUUGGUGCAGUAUGUUUGGUGCCUGGAGGCCAUAAGAAAGUUCUAGAAGCCAUGCUGCACUACCAGAAGUACGCCGCUGAGAGAACACGCUUUCAGACCCUGGUAACAGACUUGGACAGAUCAACAGGCCGCUACAGGGACGAAGUCAAUCUGAAGACUGCCAUCAUGUCCUUCAUCAACGCUGUGCUCAGCCAGGGAGCAGGAGAGACCAGUCUGGAGUUCCGUAUCCACCUGCGCUAUGAGUUUCUUAUGUUGGGCAUUCAGCCUGUCAUCGAUAAACUACGAUCCCAUGAAAACGCCACCCUGAACAGGCAUCUGGACUUCUUUGAGAUGUUGAGGAAUGAAGACGAGCUUCUGAUGUCCAAACACUUUGAUGCUACUCACAUAGAAACUAAAAGUGCGAGCCAGAUGUUUGAAGUGAUCAGGAAGAACCUGAAUCACACUGAAGCAUACCCUCACCUCCUGUCUGCCCUGCAGCACUGCCUCAUGAUGCCAUAUAAGCAGAGCAGUACCAACCUUCAGUACUGGGUGUUGUUGGAUCGGAUCAUUCAGCAGCUGGUUCUGCAGACAGACAAAGGUGAAAACCCUGAUGUUGCUCCACUGGAGGACUUCAAUGUUAAAAAUAUUGUACGCAUGCUUGUCAAGGAGAGCGAGGUGAAACUAUGGAAAGAACAAGCUGAUAAAAUGAGGAAAGAGCAUCACAAUUUACAGCAGCGUUUUGAAAAGAAGGAGAGGGAGUGUGACGCCAAGAACAAGGAGAAGGAGGACAUGAUGACCAUGCUGAACAAGCUGAAGGACAAACUGGAGCGAGAGAGCAAUGACCACAAGCAGGCCAAACUCCAAGUGGCACAGCUGUCUGCUCAGCUGCAGCAGCUCAGCUCUGCUUCCAGUGUUCCAGGAGGUCCUCCUGUAACCUCUGGUAGUUUGGUUCCUCCUGGUCCUGCCCCGUCCAUCCCUGGUCCUCCUCCUCCUCCUCCACCACCACCUCCCCCUCCAGGAGGCCCACCAGGUUUUGGCAUGCCUCCAUUUGCCCCACCUCCUCCUCCAGGAGCUCCGCUAAGAACUGCCCCGACAAAGAAUGUUCCUCGGCCAGCUAACCCCCUGAAGUCAUUCAACUGGAGCAAACUGCCUGAGAGCAAGUUAGAAGGAACCAUAUGGAAAGAAAUUGAUGAUCUCAAGGUGUUUAAAAUGCUGGAUCUUGAAGAGUUCCAGAGGACCUUCUCAGCCUACCAGAAACCACAGAAGGAUGCUGAGGAUGACCAUACCCUUACCAAGAAAGUCAAGGAGCUGUCAGUGAUCGAUGGUCGCCGAGCACAGAACUGUAACAUCCUGCUCUCAAGGCUAAAGCUGACCAAUGAGGAGAUCCGCCAGGCCAUUCUGACCAUGGAUGAACAGGAGGACUUACCUAAAGACAUGCUGGAGCAGCUCCUGAAAUUUGUUCCUGAGAAGAGUGACAUCGAACUCUUGGGAGAACACAAGCAUGAGCUGGACCGUAUGGCCAGAGCAGACCGCUUCCUGUAUGACAUGAGCAGCAUCAACCACUAUCAGCAGAGACUCCAGUCUCUCUACUUCAAGAAGAAGUUUGCUGAAAGAGUAACCGAGGUCAAACCAAAAAUCAAAGCUCUGAGUCUUGCGUCCAGAGAGAUGGUACAGAGUGGGGCCCUGCGUCAGCUCCUGGAGGUGGUUCUGGCCUUUGGGAACUACAUGAAUAAAGGACAGCGAGGAAACGCCUGGGGAUUUAAAAUGUCCAGUCUCAACAAGAUAGCUGACACGAAGUCCAGCAUUGACAAAAACGUCACUCUGCUCCACUACAUGAUCACUGUACUGGAAAAGAAGUACCCUAAGGCGGCAGCUUUCAGCAAAGAACUACAAAGUGUGCCAGAAGCUGCUAAAGUCAAUAUGACAGAGUUGGAGAAAGACAUUGGCAACUUGAGAUCUGGCCUUAAGAGCGUUGAGGCGGAACUGAAGUACCAGCAGGCCCAAAGCUCCAAGAGUCCUGCAGAUAAGUUUGUCCCCGUGGUCAGUCAAUUCGUCACCGUGGCCUCCUUCAGCUUCUCUGAGGUGGAGGAGUCGCUCAAUGAGGCCAAAGAAGUGUUUGUAAAGGCACUGAAACACUUUGGAGAAGACACAUCCAACCUGCAGCCCGAUACCUUCUUUGGGAUAUUCGACACCUUUUUGACAGCUUUCUCAGAGGCCAGACAGGACAACGAGAACAUGGCCAAACGCAAGGAGGAAGAGGAGAGACGGGCACUUAUGGAGGCACAGCUUAAGAGGGACAGGGAGCAGAAGGCAAGGAAAGCCAAAGAAAAUGAAGAGGAGGGUGGUGAGUUUGACGACCUGGUGUCUGCUCUGCGCUCUGGAGAGGUGUUUGAUAAGGAUAUGUCCAAAAUGAACCGUAGAAAACAGCGGAGACAUGAGCAGUUCGACAGCAGCAGGGAGAGACCAGUUACAAAACUAAACGAGUAACUGUUAAAGCCCUGCUGAAACACAUGUAUACCUCGGUGACACUGUGGUAGGUACAGUUAAUCUCUUAAAUCCACAUUCUGGUUCAAUGGUCAUGGUUGUGUAUAGAGUAACAUAUAGAUAUAUGUAUAUACAGUAUAUAGAAACAGUACAAUGCAAAGAGUGCAAUUUUGUACUUUGCUGAACAUGUUUGGAGAUAAGUCAUGCUUAGUUUAACAUGCUGUAAAUUUUCUAUGAAGCUAUUUCCAGGGGUCAUUUAGCUUAGCUGGAAACAGCUAGUCUGUCCAAAGGUCCAAUCUGUACAUAAGUCAUAGUGUAAAAAGACAAAUUGUGGUCUUGCAAGGACUAUGUUCAAGACUCAAAGCAAACUAUAAAAGAAAGAAGGGUCAUUACAUCAUGGUGAUAGCAUUCAAAUUUUGUAUUUGGUGCCAGACUUGGUUGCCUGGGUCCACACCUUUGAGUCCACCCACUCCUCCAAUUUCAUUCUGACUAAUUUGUGCUUGGACUAUAGACUGUAUAUAAAGAUGGACAACAUGUAAGUUCCCCCAAAGUGAAGUUUUUCAAUGUCACCCCCUGGUGUCUGUCUGCAGUAUAGGUCAAAAAGCCUACCCCUCCAUGUUAGUGAAUGGGACAUAGGCCAAUCUAAAAACUCAAAAUACACACCAAAUAAAUUUUUCACAAAGAUGGUUUCUGUCACUGAACGUACUUCUCAACACCCUGAUGUUUUCCACUAUGAUUGACAGCUGUGACAACCAAUUCAUGUGCUUGUGAUAAAAAGGGUUGUGAAGGAUUGGUCAAAAGGGUGUUUUGGCAGGAACAUCUCCACUGGCGGAGAUCACUACACUGCAGACUCUGGCUUUGAAUGAUCUUACCAGUGCAAGGUAGCAGCAGCCAUAUCCAGGAUAUUUUAGCUUCACUUAAGUAAGUGUGUGUGGAGUAAGUAGGAAUGUGGCGUCCAUCUUUAUAUACAGUCUAUGGGUAGGACUAACGCCAUUAUCAAGCGCUGUCAAGUGGUGCACUGGACCAGUGAGGAGUAAAAACAAUGAGGAUGGGCGCUGGAAACUAAAUGGGUGCCGCUGUCUGGGCUGCUCUAAAUUGAUACAUCAAUAGCAUGCAGUGGUUUAGUGGAGGGUAUGCACAGAUGUACAGGUACACCCAUCUCUAUUUCUGACCUUUCAAAGUAUAGAUUCCUUUACAGCCUAAAAGCAUUUGGAAUAUAGAGGAGAGUAUACCCAUGAAACAUAACAUAUAACUGACCAUGAGUGGUACUGAGUUGUAAUAAUGGACACAUUGGAUGUGGAUGAAAUGUGUUUUUUGUUUGUUUGUUUGUUUGCAGUAUGUUUCUUAAGACUAUUGCACCUUUAAUGUGUUGUGUCAUUGGGACAGACAACAGCAGACACUGGAGUUGUCUGACAUCACACACACAUUCUGCAACAAUGUCACUGAUACAUAACAAUGAAUGUAUCUAAACAUAUAGACCAGAAGCAAAAAAUGUUCCUUUUUGUUCUUUUACUGUAUAAUAAUUCUAUAAUAAUGUCCAAAACAGUCUGCUUGGACUGACUUUGAGUGUUUUUAUUUUCUUUUAACAGGAUUUUUUUUUAAGGGAAAAGUGUAUAUGUUAUCAGAUGCCAUAUUUAAUAUGUUAUAGUGUUAUAAAAUCCAUUGUAUAUUUGCCCAAGUUUGCACACCUUUGGAAGUACAUUUGAAAUAUAAACUACAGAUCUGAAAAUUCACCUAAAACGUUUAAUUUAUAAUGUUAGAAAAAAAAAUGGAUGACUUAGCAACUGCCCAUAUUAAAGUUCUGACAGUUUCUGUGAAGUGUUUUUUGCUGGCUGUCACACAUUACUCCAUCCUGUUUGUGUAUAUCUGCAUAGUGCCAUGCAAUAGUUGCAUUUAUAAAUUAUUAUAAAUUAAUUUUUUUGAUAUUUUCAAUAAUUCUGAACUAAAAACUUUCUUGUUUUUGGUGUGGAUUGUGUUCCCUAUAAAUAAGUAAUUACAACUGCUCUCCUCGAACCAAGGAUCAGUAUUAUCAGUUGAAACGGGUACGUACAAUAAUUCAGUGUAAUAUGGGUAAAAUGAUGACGUCAGAGGUGUGUAAUUAAGAUUUACAGUCACACAGAAAGGCUUGUCCACCAGCAGCACUGACAGGUUUGAGUGGGGUUUUUUUGGUGAAAAUGUUGAGGAAUGACUGUGUUUACUCUGCUGAGGAUGGGGAACUCAACGUGAUUCAGAAAGGAGUAUUUUUGUGUUACUGCUUAUUGUAAGAAUGAGAUGAGUAUGACGUUCUAGGUUUGAUUUUGAACAGAAGACACACUGGGAAAGGCAGAUAUCUGGGAAAGGCAGAUAUCUGGAAAGGGCGCAUAAAAAAAAAGAUGUCAGAAUUUCAAAAAUUACCGAGCACCUGCAGCUCUUCCCUCUCUUUCCUAAGCCCCUCCUCUGAAGCGACCACGGGCAUGUGCACAUUCAGUAAUUCAUACAUACAUGAACUGAUUAAUCUCAUUUCACUGUAGAGUUGCAGCAGCACAUUUACUCAGCCCCUCAUCACUUACUACAAAUGAGACAAGAAAAAGCAGGCUGAUGUUAGCCAACUUACGGUUGACUGCUCGAGAGGCUCCUAUUUGGACACUGAUAACUUUCCAAGAAGCAUGGCGAUGGAUGUUCAGAACAUUAGCCAUCAUUAUUUGCAAUCCAAGACCAUGUAGGCAUUAUGCAAGUGGUAAUGGAAAGACAAGCCUCUUAUACGUGGGAGCAGCCACGUAUGAUUUCUGGAAGGUGAUAGUCCACGAUUUCACAGAGGAAUUGUGAAUUCAAAACUUCUGGAUGAUCUUUGUGAAGACUUAUGCAGUUACACCUCUUGUAGCGCCGGCUGCAUCAUGUCCAAGGAAGCCAGUUCAUAACAAUAAGCACAUAGUCAGUUAGCAUCAUGUGACCUCUAAAUUUUGGAAAAUUAAGUGUUUCCAUUGGGUGUAUUUUAUAUACUCAAUUUCAAUUUGCACUAUUUUAGGGUUAAUGGAAACCCACCUACAGUGAUUUGAGGCUCUAGUUAACAACAAUUUUCUCUCUGUCAUUGAAACACUUUGCAAAUAUUGACACGUUUUAUUAUUAUUUUUAUUAUCAUUCUUUUAGACUCUUUUUGAGAGAUCAUUUUCCUUUUUUUAGUUGCUUUGCAGUGGAGACAGUUGUUGCCAUUGCUGGAAUACCAGCAUUUUCUGCAGGAUUCUCCACCAUUGAAUGAGACGUCACCAUCUGAAGGCACUUGCACAGACAUAUUUAUUUGCGUAGCAGCCAAUAGGAACAACCUUUCUCUGAACUGGCCUAUGAUUGGCCAGUGUCUCCCAUCACAAUAGAAAUUGAAACCAAGAGGAUGCAAGAGGAUGUGCAGAGGUUAGUUUUGCCACAGAACACUUGAAUUUUGAUAUGCUUAAAGUUUAUAAUGAGAUUUGUGCCCAAUGACACCAACAUAAAACUGCCUACCCCAUCUGUAACACUGUCUGUAUCCAACAAUCUGUGCAGAGAGUGUGACCUCUAAAUCUGAACGGCCUCUUUGGCUGAAACUGACACUUAACUCACAUGUUCCAUUAUCUGAGACCAUUUACAUAACAACAUGACACUUUUAUUCCAAGACCUCAGAGGAUCACGAUGCCUCUUUCUGAGCAGUGACUGUUUCCAAAAGGCAAAAUGAGUCCAAAACUUUAAGAGUUUCUGAGCUGUGUGGGAUAUUUGGAAUGAAUGUAAAUUAAACACAUAAUUCUUGUUCUGUCUGUUAAAAAUGCUGUGCUGCUGGCAACAAUGUGCCACUUAUGUCAAGCUCCCUAAAUGUUACUGAAAUUUCUAAUGUCAAUUAAAGUGGGAAUAAUGAUUUAUCUA